CGUAUCACUGGGUAUAUACAUGGCAUUUAUCCACACUUGCUUUUAUAUACCGCUGUUGCUGCUGGUGUUAAACUGUACACAGGAUGGCUAUGCAAGCAAUGCUGACAUCUUAAGAAACAUUAAUGCUGCAGUAAUUACUAGCGAUGGACGACAAAAUGGCGAAACAAACGUGGAAGCGUCGGCAAGAGCGAACAGACAAGACAUGGUUAGUGGUAUUUCAUGUCCAGCUGCUGAAGCCAUCUUUCCUUGCAUGUGCACCAGCGAGCCGGGCGAAGAACGCAUCAACUUGGACCUUGACUGCUCCGAGGUGGAGAACGAGGACCAGCUGAACAAAUCAUGGCCUCACCCUUUUCCCUCCACCAACUUCCGCAGCCUCACCAUAGUGGAGAAUGCUAACUUAAAGGUGCUGAGGGCUGGCAUCCUGGGUAACACCACCUACGAGGAGUUUUAUAUAUAUUGGUCUACUCUGGAGGAGGUGGAGGGAGCUCUCUCCGGCAGCCACUCCACCGCAACUCAGAUAGUUUUGCCAAGUAACAAGAUAACGAUGUUUCCGUGGGAAGAGCUCCCGUUGUUCACCAGUCUCGUAACACUAGAACUCUCUGAUAACAAGAUAACACCAUUUCCAACCUUAGCUUCAGAAAGCCUACAAAACCUUGGCCUGAUAUUUAAUCCUCUUGAGUCACUGCCUCUCACAGCAUUCAGAGCCACACCUUCAUUACUCACUAUCUCUCUGGAGAAAGCUAGAAUCAGUAAUGUGAUUCCAGGGACGUUCGAUGGUCUCGCCCAACUUCUCGAAGUGGAUCUUUCUGGUAAUCAGCUGAAUGAACUCCUCACUGGUACGGUCCAAUUCACCAGCACUGGACGUCACUAUCUUUUUUUCCAGCGAAACAACAUCAGCCGAGUGGCAUCCAGUGCUUUCACAGGUCUUUCUUCCGGAGACGGUAUUUUUUUGGCCGACAAUAAGCUGACGGUGCUGGAAGAGGUAGUGUGGCGGCCGCUGCUGGAGGAUGGUGUGCAGUUAUUCCUGAUGGAUAACCCCCUCAUCUGUGGCUGCGAUAUCGCCUGGAUUAUGCUGAACGCCACCUUCCUCAGUCUCAUCGCUGAGGACACCAUGUGUGCCGACGGUCACCUCCUCGUGGACCUCGACCCGACCUUCUACCAAGAUCACUGUUCAACAGCGCUGUUUUGAUGCUAAUGCGGUGUUCUCAAUACAAUCAGACUUGAUGACUUCCCAUGUCCGAGGCGCUGUGUGAUGCCUCCUACGGUACCUAGUGUAACAGUUAACGUCCAACUAGAGUGAACAGCCUGCCUUGUGUCACACUAACCGUCACUCGUCAAACCUGUAGGGUUAAUAUCUUUAUUAUGCAUCCCAUACCCAUCCUGUGAGUGGUAGUCAAAAGAUCACAGAGGUAUAUAAUGGGUCCAGGAACUGGGCCGCAAAAUUUUGAUAGCUGAACAAGUUACAGUGGUAAUGAACUAUCUACAGAUUUAUAUCUAGUUACAAUCGUGAUAAUUUACUUAUGCAGGCAGGCUUAUUAUAGGUGGUUACAUAUAUUUUAGCAAUCGUGUAUCGCGUUUAUUUUUGUGUGGUGUGAAGCGAUUGUGGGCACGAAGAGAAACUGAUACACACCUCUUGAUAAGUUGUCCACCUGCUGAUAACGAUAUCUCUUGAGUACUUGGGGUAGAUCGACGCUCUGGUUCCUAUAUAUCAAUUGUUCUCAGAUAUGUUUAAUUUUAUAUCAAGCUACUCAUGAUUGCUAGAUGCCAGAGUUUAAGUUAAAAACGUAUUUUUCAUGCUUCUAAAGUAUGGUAGUGAAUCAUUUCUUGAAAUAUAAUGGUUACGGCGUUCAGAAGAGAGAGA